GUUUCAUUUACCCUCAUUCCCAGGCGGCUCAACCUGCUGCAGGAUUUCCCCACCACUUUACGGUCGUAAAGCUCCGCCGCAUCAAUGACCUGGCUGGACCCCGGGGCGGCUUGGCUCAUGAGGCCCCAGCACAGCAUUGACCCUCCUUCCCACGAGCCACAGCACCCGAGCUCCUGAGCGGCGCGCGCGACAGCCACGUCGACGACGCCUACAGUACCCACGGACGACGAUCCAGCAGCCCGCCAUCGCCAGGUCGCGCUGCCACGGACGGCUCCCCGGCAAUGGACCACGACAGCGGCCUUGCCAGCAGCAACGGCGAUCUGCACCGGCCCGGGCGGCGAUCCCGCGACUCGGCCUCGUCCUCGCCCGCCCGUCGCAGGAGCCUCGGCACCACCUCUGUCCUCCAGUCCUCCUCGCAGCCGCCCUCGGGACGCCAGCUCAGGGCAUCACCACUAUCUCCUGCCGCCGAGGCCACAUUUGCCAGCCCAGGCGCCGCAGACACAGGCACCAGCGUUUCCAGUCCUGUGGCGCCCUCGCACAACAAGCACCUUUCGGUCAAGAUUCCCCGCAGGGAUGCUGCAACACCCGAGACCAAGGAUAAGGAUGCCAAGCUAUCUAAGGAACCUAGCGACCAUAGAGACCAGAAGGUCUCCUCCGCCAAUAGCCAUGCUGCUCCUCCAUCUUCGCCGACGACGACCGACUUAUCCUCGGGCAUUGAUCCGUUGUCCCAGCACAUCUUUGCAAGGACAAACACGGAUCGCAGUCUAGCAAAUCGACUGCGUACUCCAGUCAGGCCAGAAAGCCCUGCCAAUGACGGUCUACCUCGCCCAAGCUCAGACCUGUCUGCGAAACAAACGUUCGGCCAGGUAGAGCAGACAAAAGAUAAGAAAAAGGCUGGCUCGUUUCUAAGUCGCCUGAGCAUGAUUGGUGGGGGAAACAAGAAGCGCGACGAUGACAUCCCGGACGAUGACUCCGAAAUCGGCAGCGAGCGCCGCAUCGAAGGUGCCGAUGCCAUGGCCUUCACUUCGGCCAUCAAUGCUAGUGGCUACAUCCCGCGGCACAAAGAGCCGCCUCGCUUCGUGCGCAUGCGGGCGCAUAACAAGAAGGUUCGCGAGUUCCAUCGCCUCUUUCUUGCGCAGGAGCUUGAGGGCACGAAGCCUAUCGCGCCGUCGGACAAGAGUGCAUCAACCUCGGGUGGGGGUGGUCCAAUCUGGGCCAUGGAGUUCAGCAAGGACGGACGAUAUCUCGCAACUGGUGGCAAGGACAGAGUCGUCCGCAUCUGGGCAAUCCUGGCCACACCUGGGGACAGGAGAGCCUACGAGGCGAACGAAAGCCAAUCGGACACGCAAGGGCACAAUCAGCGGCUGAGUGCUCCCGUCUUUAGCUCAGAACCACUCCAGGAGUUCACGGGCCAUACUAGCGACAUCCUGGACCUCAGCUGGAGCAAGAACAACUUCCUCCUCUCAUCCUCAAUGGACAAGACAGUCAAGCUGUGGCAUAUGAGCCGCCCAGAGUGCUUGUGCACAUUCAAGCACAAGGACUUUGUGACUUCCAUCGCAUUUCACCCUCGGGACGAUCGCUUCUUUCUUGCCGGCUCCCUGGAUGCCACACUGCGCCUAUGGAGCAUACCAGACAAGUCAAUCGCGUACUCGGCCCAGCUGUCCGACCUCAUCACUGCCGUGGCAUUUUCUCCAGACGGUAAAACGUCAAUAGCCGGAUGUCUGAAUGGAGUCUGCGUCUUCUAUGACACCAUUAGCCUUACACUGCAGACGCAAGUCCACGUGCGCUCCUCUAGAGGCAAGAACGCAAAGGGGAGCAAGAUUGCUGGCAUAACAACCAAACAAUACACCAACAGCCGCACAGGCAGCAGCACUGUCCGCGUGCUUGUCACAUCGAAUGACUCCCGAAUCCGGAUAUACGACCUCAAGGACAAGACCUUGGUGGCGAAGCUGAAAGGGCUGGAAAAUGCCUGCAACCAGAUAGGAGCCAAUUUCAGCGACGACGGGAAAUACAUCGUCUGCGGCAGUGAAGACCGGCGAGUCUUUAUCUGGUCAGCGACCGUUGAUGACGCCGACAAGGACGACAAAAGGCCCUGCGAGUAUUUCGAGGCACACACUGAUGUGGUCACCGAGGCCAUCUUUGCGCCUCGGGAAACUCGAAUGCUGCUGCAGGCGUCUGACGACCCAGUCUACACUCUAUGCAACCCUCCACCGGUGACACUACUCAGCAGGGAAGAGGAGGAAAAGUCUACGGUACAUGACGACUCUCUGUCUGAGGCACCAUCUUUUCGCAAGAAGCCUGAAGAGUCCCCAGCGUUCAUCGCGCGCUCGGCCCAUGAUGAUGGCAACAUCAUCGUGACGACAGACCGCACAGGUGGCAUCAAGGUCUUCCGGCAAGACUGCGCCUUUGUCAAGAGGCGGCAAGCCCAGGAAAGCUGGGAAACGACAUCUGCCUUUUCGAAGAAGAUUGGAAAAGACAACGUUCUCGGGCGCACGGGCAGUAUCAUGACACGGACGAGCGGAGGCGGCCAUCACUCCCGUCGCAGCUCCAUAGUGCAGUCUCGCCGCGGCUCGCUCGUGCAGGCAUUCGCGCCGGGCCAACAGAUGACUCCUGACCAGAUAAACUCUUGGCGACAGGGCAUCGAGGGCGGCCACUACCAUACGCUCCCGCGCAGCCGGCCCGUCUCAGUCAGCGUAUCGACGCCAACACCCAGUGAACGUUCCGUCUCACCCAGCAAAGCGGCACGCACCCCUCUCGCCACAGCCAGCCUGACGAAUCUGGCGUCAAGCGCGAGGAGGGAAGUGUAUACCAAUAUAACCCCGACCACACCGCUCUCUCCCACGUCAAGCUUCAGUCAGCCUGUCCGUGGCCGAGACUUGGCAAGAGCCGAUGCGCAGACAGUCCCCCCGACGCCCAGCUUCUCGCUCAUGUCUGCCGACGAGGACGAACAUCAAGACAACGUGCUGAACCUUGACGCUGCGGGCGCAAGCUACUCGUUCUGGAACCUCAACCGCUGGCGCAACAUGGGCGGACUUCGAAGUGGGCACGUCGCCAAUACUCAGAGCACCGGCAACCUGCCUUCCACCAGGGCUGCGUCUGAUCCAAAAACCUUGACAACUGGGGAUGCCGCCCCGCGUCGGGAAGCAACCACGCCAAAUCUGCCGAGCCUGCUGUCCGUUGGUAACAUGAUCAACCGCCGAGGUUCCUCGGGUGACAGGUCGCCAAUGUCAGUAUCUCCCGAACGCGACAGUAACAACGAGCAGCAGCCACGAAAGUCGGGCGAGGGCAGAGGGUCACCCACGAGGCGUCUCCUGGACAAGCUGCCCGGCUUCUCCAUCCCCACGACCACCAUCACGCGUCCGAGCGAGGAUCACGGCAGCAGCGGCGGGCACUCUCCCGGCGCCGAACACUCGGGUGGCCACCGGCAGCUCAGUGUGAUUCGCGGGUCCGUAGACCUGCGAUCGGGCUCGGUCGUCAGCCAGCUCAGCGCGGAGCUGACGAGCGACGACGGCGGCGAGGGAGAGGGCGACGAGAUGGAGUGUUCCAAGUGCGGCAGCCGCGAGUUCAAAUCCAAGAGAGUUGGCGGCAAGCAGCGCUUCAUGUGUGGCAAGUGCGGGCGCAUGGUUGAUGGGCCGUGAUUGCAUCUUUUGUUUUGGGAGAAAGGGCCCCGUGUCUGGGAAAUAAAUCUCGGGGGCCAGGGCUCUCGCGCUCCCCUGGGGUUGUCUUUGAAUAUUGGUAACAAGCGAAAAUCAUCAUCCGAGCCACGGGAAGCAUAAACAAUACAUGAAUGAUAGUCACUGCAGGUCUAAAACGUGAU